AUGAGCGCAACACCAGACCGGCGCUCAAUGCUCUCGCAAUCCCACCCACCCUCAGCCCAACCCCGACGAAGCACAACCCACCCCUCCGAAGCCCCAUCUCUACCAGAAUACGUCUCUCCAGAAGCACCCCUCACAGCCGAAGCUCAGCGUCACCUUGCCGCUCUAAUCUCAAAUCACCACCACCGCAACUUAAUAACGCAUCUCAAACACGCUGCCGAGAAACUCACACACUCGGGCGGUGAAGUCAAUGAGCGAUUAGCUGAUGCGCGCGGCCGCUACGAGAAGAAUAAAUAUCAGCGACGGCAACGUGAGGGAAUUGAUGCGGGAGAUGAGAACGAUGAGGAUGAUGAGGAGUACCAGCGGCUUGCUGAGGAGGAGACUAGAGUCAACGCUAUUACCGCGCGGAUGGAGGAAAAGGCGCGACUAAUUGUUGAUUCUGAGGCAAAGCUUCAGGGUUUGACUGAUGCGAUUACAGAGCUUGAGAGGCAGGAGGGUGAGGCUAUUACUGCGGGGCUGGGGUCGAGGCGGACGCGUGCAGGGCAGAGAACCAGACGCCGGGGCAAUGAUGAAGAUGAAGAUGGGGAUGGAGAGGAUGAAAAUGAUGCCGAUUAUGAGGAUGCACAAGAGCGUGAGACGCAGGAGCGGAAUGCACGCAAUCCGCCGAGUCGGAGAUUAGAAGAUAAGCUGGCCGAGGACUCUGAGAAAUGGAACGAGAUGUCUUUGACAGAGAGAUAUGCCGGCCAUAACAACUACAUCGGAUUCUAUCGCAUGGUGCACGACUCCAAAUUCCCCGGCGACGACGUGCCCCCACUCCCCCACUCUUCUACAUGGUUCCAACAUAUGGAGGAUACCAGUGCUCGUUCUGGCGCAUCAACACGCACCCGCAACCAAGGGCGUCGCUCCUCCGCUGCCGACGAUGAUGAUAUCGCCAUUGAGCGCGAGCGUAUCUCUCUCAAAUGCCCAUUGACCCUGUUACCAUUCCGCGAUCCCGUGACCAGCACCAAAUGUCCCCACAGCUUCGAGCGCGAACCGAUCUUUGAUAUGAUCAACCGCAGCACGACUACCAUUCUACCUCCAGCGGCUCGCAGGGGGCAGCGCCGUAUCCACGUGGUGAAGUGCCCAGUCUGUUCCACUCCAUUGACAGCAGACGAUCUGAACCCGGACCCUGUUCUGCUAAGACGAGUGCGUCGUGCACAGGAACUCGAGGAGCGGGAAGAAGAUGAGGAUCAUCUUGAGGAUGGACGGAAGAAUAAACGUCGCAAUACGGAGAUCAGUCUCGCUAGUGAUGCAACCAAUGAUGAUGAUGCUAUGGAUGUGGAUGCGGAUGAGCCCUCCCAGCGUAUCAAGGCUGAACGGCUCAGUCAGCCUGCUCCCAUGUCUGUGGAUGGAUCGGAGAGUGGAGAUGAGGGACAAUCCGGGGAAGAAAGCGAAGAAAGCGAGGAUUGA